CAGCCGUAAGGGCGGCCGCGGUCUCGCGAUCCUCCGGCGCGCCGCGUUUCUUCUCUUCCUCGGUCCUGCGUGUCCGGCGCCGCGAGCUCAGUCCGAGCGGGUGGGCGCAGCGCUUGAGUGGCUUGGCCCGGAGCGGGCCGCGUGCUCGGGAAGAGGACUGUGGACUGGAGAGUGGCACACAGCAUGGCGGAAAACCGAGAGCCCCGCGGGGCCGUCGAGGCUGAGCUGGAUCCGGUGGAGUAUACCCUUCGGAAGCGGCUCCCCCACCGCCUGCCCCGGAGGCCCAAUGACAUUUAUGUCAACAUGAAGACUGACUUUAAGGCCCAGUUGGCUCGCUGCCAAAAGCUUCUGGACGGAGGGGCUCGGGGUCAGAAUUCAUGCAGUGAGAUCUACAUUCAUGGCUUGGGCCUGGCCAUCAACCGUGCCAUCAACAUUGCCCUACAGCUUCAGGCAGGCAGCUUCGGGUCCUUGCAGGUGGCUGCCAAUACCUCCACCGUGGAGCUUGUCGAUGAGCUGGAACCAGAGACUGAUACACGAGAGCCUCUGACCCGCAUCCGCAACAACUCGGCCAUCCACAUCCGGGUCUUCAGGGUUGCACCCAAGUAAUGGCAAUGAGGAUGGCCACCUUAUCCACCCACCCCCACAUAAGUAGGCUCAGCUAUGGCUCUUCUUGUACUGAGUACAGUCAUGGACCUUCUACCAGAGCCACGUAAGAAAAAGCCUGUCCCCUUACAGCCCAGAGGACUCUGAACUGCGAGGGAGAGUAUUGUCUCUUGUUGGGCCCAAGCAAUGGGUCUUUGCGAGUCUUUGUGGUCUGUAACCAUUGUCCUAGACAAUAAAAACUACCAAGUUGUGUUAGUAUGCAGCCACCCCACUG